AUGUUUGUCACCGACCUGGAGGCGAAGAUGGUGGGAACCCAGGAGGAUUUGGAGGAGGCGGCCAGGCAGUGGGAGGAGCAGCGAUCCGCGUUGGAGGCGGACAGGGACGAGUACAAGCGCUUGUACGAGAAGUUCCUGGCGGCCCACGAGCGUGCCAUGGCGGAGCUGGAAGAGUCCCAGGGAACUGCGGAGGACCAGGCCAAGAGGUUGCAGGUCUUGACAGUGGAGAAGCAUCGCUUGACGGACAAGGUGGAAGAGCUGGAAGAUGACAAGCGCCGCAUGGCCAAGCAGCUCUCAGAGCUCCGGGACGAGGUGGCCAAGCUCAAGGCCGAGCUGCGAAGGCUCGGGUCGCAGCUGCGGGAGGGCGAGGUGGCGCUGCUGCUGGCGCGGUCAGAGCUGCAGCAGUUGCGGGCGGAAGCCCGGGGUACUGAGGACGUGGUGCCGCCGGACGGCGAGGGCCCGGGCCGGCCCGCGCUGCGGCGGCUUCUGCAGGAGAGCAGCGGCCGUGAGGCCGCGCUGCGGGACCGGCUGCAGGCGGCGGAGGCCACGGCGGAGGCGCGGAAGCGGCGCUUGCUGGAGUUGGAAGGCUCCAAGGAACCUGAUGCGGAGAAAGAGCCAGGCCUGGAGCCUGCCUCCAAAAUAGGGAUCCUGCCGGCGGAGCGGUGCGUGCGCCGGCACCUGGAGCGCGAGAGAGACGAGCUCCUGGCUUUUGCGCGGGCUCUGGACACGGAGCUGGUGAGGGUAAAGAAAGAGUGCUUCUACACGGUGCAAGCCAUCAAAAAGAAGGCUGCCCAGGACCUGGAGGAUUUCAGGACGGGGGAACUCGCCAAAGCCCAUGCCGACUUCAAGCGCCAGGUGGAGGAUGUCCAGCGCCAGCGGGAUAUGCUGCUCAAGGAGGUCGAGGUGGCCGACUCGCUGGGUCCGCAUCUGCCCACGCUGAACCCGCUGGCCGGUGCCAUCCAGGACCCGUCCAAGGUUUGCGGCAUAUGUCGCCGGGCCAUUGUGUUCGAGGGUGCGCUGAAGGUGUUCCCUCCAAAGUGA